AAAGAAAACCGAGCUUCACAGGGUGCGCUCUGGACCUGCGAGGGCCAGAGGCAGCCAGAUUCCCAGCACAAGAAAGGGGCUAGAGGAGGAGGCGGCACGGGCCCCUCCCCCUCCCCUCUCAGGCGCCGGCUCCAGACGCUGCGCGGCAGUAACGGCGGGCGGUGCGAGCAGCUGCUGUCAGGCUACGGAGGUCCAAGCUGCACUUGCUGCCCCACUGAGGACCUGGAGGCCGUAGGAGCUGUGAUAGUGUUGCUGAGGAGCAGGGCGGCCGGCUCCCAGAGCUGACUUCCUGGUGCCCGUGGCUCUCUGCUAUCUCUGUCCCAUUGUGUCGGAAUCCUAGAACAGAAAACAAACAAACAAACAACAACAACAACAACAAAAAACACCAAGAAAAAGACAAGAUUGUGACAAAGACCCAACUGGAUUAUCUUGGUUAGAAACUUCCCCAUUUGGUGCUGCAACAAUGAGUGGUAAAUCCCUGCUCUUAAAGGUCAUUCUCUUGGGUGAUGGUGGAGUUGGGAAAAGCUCGCUUAUGAACCGUUAUGUAACGAAUAAAUUCGACUCCCAGGCUUUUCACACCAUAGGGGUAGAGUUCUUAAAUCGAGAUCUGGAGGUAGAUGGACGUUUUGUAACUCUCCAGAUCUGGGACACUGCAGGGCAGGAACGUUUCAAGAGCCUUAGAACACCCUUCUACAGGGGAGCAGACUGCUGCCUCUUGACCUUCAGUGUGGACGACCGACAGAGCUUUGAGAACCUUGGUAACUGGCAGAAAGAAUUCAUCUACUAUGCAGAUGUGAAAGACCCUGAGCACUUCCCCUUUGUAGUUCUGGGUAACAAGGUAGACAAAGAGGAUAGGCAAGUGACUACUGAGGAGGCACAAGCCUGGUGCAUAGAGAAUGGAGAAUACCCUUAUCUAGAGACAAGUGCCAAAGAUGAUACUAAUGUGACAGUGGCCUUUGAAGAAGCUGUCAGGCAGGUGUUGGCUGUAGAGGAACAGUUGGAGCAUUGCAUGCUAGGUCACACAAUUGACUUGAAUGGUGGUUCCAAAGCAGGAUCUUCAUGUUGUUAAAAGUAAGAAGCCUUUUAAAGGUGUACCCCAAAUUGGUCAGUCGAUAGUGUAAGAAUAACUGUGCCCCUCUAAAACUGUACACACACA